UAUAAAGUAUUAUUUUUGUUUUUUCUCUUGUGAUAACCCAUGUUUAACCGAGGAAAUUCUACAUAAUCAAUGAACGCGUCACACACUCCAGUCGACUGACCGACCAACGCAAUUUUUAACUACCAACUAUUGUAUAUACUCGUACUUACACACACGCACACACGCAUAUUCAAGUCAGUUCACUACCUGCAGCUGUCUAGUCAAAAUACGGUUACGUCUUAACGGCGGUGACGAAAGUGCAACCCGACACCGUUAGCCGAUAUCCGUUGAACGAUCGAUCAAUAAUAAUUGCCGUUCGCACUUAUAAUUUUUUACUCAUACUGUUGGGUUGUAUAUCGAUUUUUUUUAAUUAAUGAAAUAUGUUAACUACUCUUCUUGAAAAUAUCGUAUCAUAAAUGAUUUAAUGGGAGCUUUAGUGUUUAAUCUUGACUUUUCAUCGAUAGGAGACUGUUAAAUUAUGCCAAUCGCAAUGAAUAUUGUGUUUAUUAAACAUUUUUAUAAACAUACUAUGUAAAUACACAAGUCUGAAAAACCAAAUAAAAUUAAAGAAAUUUAAACUUGUGGACAUUAUAAAAUCUAAAUAUGAGAAUAAAUAUUACAAUUAUAUGAAAUGUAAUAUACUUGGAAAUAACAAGUUACAAUUUAAAUUUGAUAAGUAAAGAACAGUUAAAAUACAACAUAAAAUAAUUUACAAUGUCUUCCGAAGAUUUGUUACAACCAGGUCACAUAGUUAAAGAACGGUGGAAGGUGGCUAGAAAAAUUGGUGGUGGUGGAUUUGGUGAAAUUUAUGAAGGUCAAGAUCUUGUUACUAAAGAGCUUAUAGCUCUAAAAGUUGAAUCAGCUAGACAACCAAAACAAGUCCUUAAAAUGGAAGUUGCUGUCCUAAAAAAGUUACAAGGAAAAGAACAUGUAUGCCGUUUUAUUGGAUGUGGACGCAAUGAACGUUUUAAUUAUGUUGUAAUGCAGUUACAAGGAAAAAAUCUAGCAGAAUUAAGAAGAGCACAACCAAGAGGUGCCUUCUCUUUAUCUACUACAUUAAGAUUAGGACUACAAAUAUUAAAAGCCAUUGAAAGUAUUCAUGAAGUUGGAUUUUUACACAGAGAUAUCAAACCUUCUAAUUUUGCUGUGGGAAGACUUCAUCAAACCUGUCGUUGUGUUUUUAUGCUAGAUUAUGGUCUUGCUAGGCAGUUUACAACAGCUAAUGGUGAAGUUAGAACACCUAGAACAGCUGCUGGUUUUCGGGGCACAGUUAGAUAUGCAUCAUUAAAUGCCCACAAAAAUAAAGAAAUGGGAAGACAUGAUGAUCUUUGGUCCUUGUUUUAUAUGUUGGUUGAAUUUGUAAAUGGACAAUUACCUUGGCGUAAAAUCAAAGAUAAAGAACAAGUUGGUGUUAUGAAAGAAAAUUAUGAUCAUCGUUCAUUACUUAAACAUCUUCCAUCUGACUUAAAACAAUUUUUAGAGCACAUUCAAUCAUUAGAAUAUGGAGACAAACCGGAUUAUCCAAUGUUGACUAGUCUUUUUGAACGUUGUAUGAAGCGUAGGGGUGUUAAAGAAUCUGAUCCGUUUGAUUGGGAAAAACCAAAUGAAAUAUCUCAGCCUGCAGUUACCGUUAGUGUUCACACAAAUAGUACUACACCUGCUGUAAUAUCAAGACCAAUUACUUGUACAACUUAUGGUGGUGAAAUUAAUAAUCAGCUUCCUGUUUCUUCAGUGGCAGAUAAUGAAAAUGAAGAACCAGAUAAUAAAAAAGAACAAGCAUUGUGUGAUAGUAAUGUAGUAUACAGACGUGUCCAAAAACAUGAAGAUGGUAAUUCAGGCUCUCAUAAAGUUGUACCUAUUGAUAAAAAUUCUAAUGCACACUCAGGUCCACCAUUAAACCAUUUACAUGUUCCAAAAAGCUCACCAAAAAAAGCUGUUCAACGUAGGGCCGUUUCAAUGCCUGGUCUAGAAAGAGAAUCUGAAUUGUUAGAUACUACUAAACGUAAUUCAUCACAAACUAAUUGUACAACUGAUUCUGGUCUACCUCUUAAUGUGGAACCUGUAAUUAAUUCAGAAGUUCGAAGUAACUUAGUCACAUCUACUUCAGCUAUGACUACUCAAGAAACAAAUAAAGUGAUUACUGCUACUUCUCCAAUAGUAGAAGCAGACAAUAAUAUGAAUCAAGUAAAAAAGGAACAACGAAGUUUACAUUUUGCUAGACGUCAAGCAUCUAGUAAUAGACAAGCUUUAAAAUCAUCAUCUACGACAGCUCGAGAUGUAACAUAUACACAAUUUGCAGUCAUUGAUGAUGACAAUAUUUCUGCAAUGCAACAAGUUACUAGAGGUGGAGGUGGAUUAACUCUUAUGUCACAAUGGAAGUCACAGUUUGAUGAUUCUGAAGAAACUGAUAAUGAAUGGAAAGGUGAAAAUCUUCAGAGUCCUGAACAUCGUUUAAGUUUACAUGGUGUUUCAGCGAGUGGAAGAGAUUCUUACCUUUAUCCAAAUAAUAUUUGCAAAACCUCUGAUAAAAUGAAUACCAAAGAUCAACCUAUGCAGUGUUUUACUAAAUGUAAUGAUAACUUAUUACAUAAUUCUACUUUAUCACGAGCAUGGAGUGAAAUACAAAUAGCUGCAAAAAUAAGGUCCAAUCUUGAACCACCAUGGCUUCAGCAAGCAGUAUUUGAUGAUGUUAUGUACAAACUUGAUACCAGCAGAAAUUUAGCUAUAAGGAGUGUAGAAAAAGAUUCUUCAAAGAGCAUACAAAAAUCUAUUAGCUUAUCUAACAUAAGUUUGAGUGUUAUUCCUAAAAAAGACUUAAAUACUCAAUUUAUACGAUCAACCAAAAUGAAACUAAAAGUUCCUUCUCUGCAAGUUACUACUAACACUACACGAUCUUCCAAUGAUGCUGAUGAAUUAUCAGGAAAGAUAUAUGCAGAUGAGUCUUUAAAAAAUGGAAAUGAUGAUUCUGAAAAUUGUCCUAUGGAAACAGUAUCAGGAAAAUUGGAGAUAAGAGUAAUUGAUCGUCAUCUGAAUGGCAAUAAUAAUUAUUGUGACACAUUAAAUACUAAACCACCUCCAGAAAUUUAUGAGUUAAAUGAUAAUGUCUCUGAUGAAGCUAACCGAAAAUGGUCAAGAAAUAGAAAUAUUGAUACAAUAAAUUUGAAUGGCAAACAUUUUGAAGAAAACGAGUUAUCAAAUCUUAGCUUAAAAUCUCAUUCUUCUUCAGAUCCAAAUAACAAAAUUACUGAUCAAUGCCGAAAUAAAAAACCACUUCAAUCAAUACUAGUAAACAAAUAUAGCAAAAUUCCUCUUCCAGUUAUUUCAAAAGUAUCAGAAUUAGGUAGUGAAACAAAUCAAAGUAAUAAUUAUGAUGAAUCUAAUAUAAUAAGUAACAGUGGAAAACAAUCAGAACAGUUAUUAAUAAAUAAAGGACACUGUUUAUUAACCGAAGUCCAUAGCAAACCACUACCCUCUUCUGAAGAUAUAGAUGAUCAAUAUACACCUGGACUUAGACGAAGAAGACAACAUCAAGAUAAAUAUGUGACCGAUCCUUCUCAAUUAAAUUUAAGAUUUCAAAGGCCCCAAAUGCGAAGAUCUAGAGAAUCAUAUUUCAGGUCCAGAUUGUCAGGCAGUCAAGAUGAUAAUACUGGAGUUUUUUCCAGCUUUAGACCUUUGUCUGCUUCAUCUAGUAGGAGUUUAGAAAGAAAUUUAGAGUCAGAUAUUUUAUCAACACCUGCUCUUAUACCACCACCUAGUAUGUAUUCUUCAGAUGUCCAAACAAUUGUUGAAAAUAAUGCUAGAUGUCGACGCUACCAAAUUUGUAAACCAACUGAAUUUGCAAGAGAAUAAUGCAUAAUUAUUUAACAACUCACUAUUUAUUUAUAUUAUUAAAAUAUCAAAGCUAUUAACUUAUGUUCAUUCUACAUAAUGUUAUGUAAAAAUUUAAUCAGUGAGACUCGUUAUUUUUGUUGUUCUAUAGAAAUAUUAUUUAUUUUGGAAACAUUUAAAAACCUUACUUAUCUAAACUUUUUUAAUACACCUAUAAUAAAAACCAAUAUUCAUUGAUUUUUUAUCACCUUUUAAGUUUAUGCUAUAAAUAUGUGCCCCAGAAAAAUGUUUAUGUUACUUUUUUUUUUUAUAAAACUAACUUGAUCACAAAGUCCAGAAAAAAUUGUGAAUUACUAACAAAAAAAAGUAUAUUCAAAAAUAUUUAUUUAAUGUAAUAAAGACUAUUUGAUUAAUACAUUUUUUAACAUAUAAAUUAAUAAUAUUUAUUAUUAAGCUUUCACUUUCAUUUAGAAUACUUUUUACUUCAAUUGUUUUUUUUUCCCAAAUUUUUAUAUUUUUUUUUAGUAUACAUUUAAUUUAUUCUACUUAAGUGUCAGAAUAGAAUUCAUUACUACUUACAUUUCUUCUUUAAUGCUUAUAUUUUAUUGAUAUUAUAUUUAUAAUGUAUCUGCUUAUUUAAUUUUAUUUAAUAUUGUCAACAACCCACAAAGGCUGUGAUAAGAGUGGAAUUUAUUGUUAGGGUUUAUCUACCUACCUACAAAAUUAAUAAAGGAUACUCUUACCUGCAUAUCUCACUACGAUUUGGUUUUGAAAUUUGCUUUAUUAUUGAAGAUCUCUAUAAACUCUAUGUCAUACUUUAAUAUAUAUUUUUUAUUAAGAAUAAUUUUUAUUUAAAGGAGCUCACCCAAUGAUACUAUAUAUAAGUUCCUAUUGGUAUUAGUCGUGUUAAAUUUUCAAAUUGUUAUAUCUAAAUUAUUCACAAUAAAAUGAAAAU